CCUGCGCACGGCGGCCCAGCCGGCUCCACAUGAGGAGGCUCCUGGGGAAGCGCUCCUGGGGAAGCGAGCGACCUCCACGCCGCGGGCGGGCCGGAAGCCUCGCCGGCAGGGGCCGCCCGUCCCUCCGAGAGCUCUUCUGGGAGCAAUCGGGUGUACCGCUAGAGCGCCCGCCCGCGGGGCCGCUCCGGCCGGAGGCGCGCGCCCCUCUCGGUGGGCGGGCCCGCGCCCCCGGGUGCGCGCGGUGAGGCUGGGCAGGCGCCGCCAUGAUGAACAGCGGCGGCAUCGGGGUCCCGUUGGGCUUCCCCCUGGGCCCCACGUCCGUCAUCCAGGUCACCAACCUCUCCUCGGCCGUGACCAGCGAGCAGAUGCGGACGCUCUUCGGCUUCCUGGGAGAUAUCGAGGAACUCCGUCUCUAUCCCCCGGACAACGCACCACUUGCUUUUUCCUCCAAAGUAUGUUAUAUUAAGUUUCGUGAAGCAUCGAGUGUUGGUGUGGCCCAGCAUCUAACUAACACGGUUUUUAUUGACAGAGCUUUGAUAGUUGUGCCCUGUGCAGAAGGUAAAAUCCCAGAUGAAGCCAAAGCCCUGUCUCUAUUGGCGCCUGCUCCUACUAUGACAAGUCUGAUGCCUGGUGCAGGGUUGCUUCCUAUACCUACACCAACUCCCUUGACUACACUUGGUGUUUCACUUGGUACUUUAGGGGCUAUACCAGCAGCAGCAUUGGAUCCUAACAUUACAGCGCUGGGAGAAAUACCACAGCCACCAAUUAUGGGAAAUGUGGAUCCAUCCAAAAUUGAUGAAAUCAGGAGAACAGUCUAUGUUGGAAACUUAAAUUCCCAGACUACAACAGCAGAUCAGCUGCUUGAAUUCUUUAAGCAAGUUGGAGAAGUCAAAUUUGUGCGAAUGGCAGGUGAUGAGACACAACCAACACGAUUUGCUUUUGUGGAAUUUGCAGACCAAAAUUCUGUACCUCGAGCUCUUGCCUUUAAUGGAGUUAUGUUUGGAGACCGGCCACUGAAGAUAAAUCACUCCAAUAAUGCAAUAGUGAAGCCUCCUGAAAUGACACCACAAGCUGCUGCCAAGGAGCUAGAAGAAGUGAUGAAGAGAGUAAGGGAAGCCCAGUCUUUUAUAUCUGCUGCUAUUGAGCCAGAGUCUGGAAAGAGCAGUGAAAGAAAAGGCGGUCGAUCUCGUUCCCAUUCUCGUUCAGAAUCCAGGUCUAGCUCAAAAUCCCGCUCUAGAAGGAAAAGAUCACACUCAAAACACAGAAGUAGAUCUGGCAACAGAUCUCUCUCAAGACACAAGGACAGACGCAGAUCCCGAAGUCCUCUGAAAAAACGGUCUAGAUCUACAGAAAGACGGAAAUCAAGAAGUCGCUCUCGUUCUCGGGACAAGAAAAGAGACAAAGAAAAGAUCAAAGAAAAAGAAAAGGCCAAAGAAAAAGAGAAAGACAGAGACCGAGACAAGGAGAAGGAUAGGGAUCGAGACAAAGACAGGGAAAGAGAGCGAGAUAAAGAGAGAAACAGGGAGAAGGACAAGGAGAGAGAUAAAGAGCGAAGCAAAGACAGAGAGAGAGCCCGAGACAAAGACAGGGACAAGGAUAAAGAUAGGGACAAGGAAAAGGAAAAAGAUAAAGACAAGGAAGAGGUAGAUCAUAACAAAGAAAAAGAAGAUACUGAGAAAGAAGGAGAGAAGGACAGAGAGAAGAUUAAGGACAAGGAGGGAGAUAAAGAUAAAGGAGGGGACAAGGAAAAGGACAGAGACAAAGAAAAGGAAAAAGAUGGGGAUAAGGAGAAGGAGCGAGAAAAAGAGAGAGAUGAUAAAAAGAAGAAAGAUAAGAGAUCCAGAACACCCCCAAGAAGCUAUAGCUCUUCAAGAAGAUCUCGUAGCUCCAGCAGAGAAAGGCGUAAAAGGAAGAGCAGAAGUCCUUCCAAAUCUCCUAAAACAUCAAAAACAGCAAAAAGAAAGUCUUCACGAACUCCUUCUCCAAGAAGAAACAAGAAAGAAAAAAAAAGAGAAAGAGAUACAAAUAAUGAAAGAAGAGAAAGAGAACGCUCCACUUCGAAGAAAAAAAGUAGUAAAGAAAAAGAGGGAAAGGAGAAAUCUGACAAAAGCACCACAACUCUGAAGGACAAAGAUAACAAUAAAGAAGAUCAGAAUUCAGAAACUGACAAGGAAGUAGACAAUAGAGAUACACAAAGGACAGAUGAAGUCAAGCUACAACAGAAUGGGAAUUGUCAACCGAACGAGGAAAAUCUCUCAGUUAAAAUGGAAGAAGUUUAAAGCAAAGAAUGGACUUCUUAUUCAACUAAGGAACGAAAUCCAAAGCAUUUUAUUUCCCAGAAUGAGGAAGAAAAUGUCAAAGCAAUCAACCUGAACAUGUUGAUAGUACUAGUAGCUCCUCCAGUUCAUGUGAUAGCUUUGUUGUCUUCUUGCUGUAAAGCAAGAGCACAGACCUGUAGUUAAUACCAUGAAAAGGCAGAUGCCAUCAGAACUAUUAAUCUCUGAAAAAUCCAUGCAUUUCCAUGAUGGCUGUACUUGUAAAAUGAUUUAUGUUAAGUUUUGCUAUAAGCUGUUACAAAUAACUAGAAAUUGAAAGAUGUAAACCUGUACUUCCCAAAAAAGCUGAAGAUAUGCAUUGAAGGUUGUUUAAAAUCCUGCUUGUUGAUGACUUUUGUAUUGUUUUGCCCUGUAGGUUAAAAAAUCCACAAAAACUUUGAUGUGUGCUGUUUGAUGUGCUUGAAAAUGGUGCAUAAAUAUACACACUUCCUUUCCUUGUAAAUGACAACUGUAGGGAAAGGGGGUUUAAGCAUAAACAUGGUUUUACUGUUCUUAUGUUAAAUACUCACAGAUUAGUAUGUUUUUCAUUUGCUCACUGCUUGAGAUUCUUAGGGUUUAUUAUUUAAAAUAAUUUCUUACUAAUAUCUGAAAUUAAUAUUUCUUUUAAAGUAUUUGAACAAUGCAUGCGCUUUUUCUGUUCAUAGAAGGAACAUUGCCAUGUUAUAGAUACUAGGUUAGCUUACAGGGUUAUUUUGGGGUUGUUUUGUUUUUUCUUUGUCCGUAGAGAAGUGAGCACAUCUAUAUGAUGAUACCAGAACUUACAGCUUUGUUUUGCAAUGUACUGCAGUGUGUCUGUUCAGCAGAAAAUAGUACAGGUGCCAUUAAGAAAACAAAUUUUUCCUUUUUGUUAAAAAAAAUAUGGGAGCACAAGCAGAAGCUUUAGUGCCUUCUUAAAAUGUGGUAUUUUCUAGAAAUGUAUAUGUGCUGUUACACAUUUUUAGCUAAAUCUUAUAUGAUCUCUCUUGCUACUUUGCCACCACCAUACUGUAGACAAAAAUGCAAGUGACUUGCCAGAAUGGUUGUUUGAUUCACUUGUUAAAAUAGUGAAGCUCCAUUUUACUUUUAUUUUUUAUUCUUAGAGAUUUAUAAAUAAGAGAAAAUAUGUAAUUUGGGGACCACCACUGUACAAAAGUAGUAGCUGAAUACAAACUGUGCUCUGAUCACCUGCAUCAAAGAAAGCUCUUAAGACAUAUAAUAUACAUUUGGAUGGCCUUAAUUGUUACCUCUCUGUUAUUUUCUCUGAUACCUGUUGGGCAAUAUAAAAGGAAUGACGUGCAAGAAAUGGGGGAUAAAUAAUUUGAGGAAGAAAGUUCUAAUUUUUGCAGAGCUUACUUAUAGAGAUUCUUUUAUCAUUUUUUUUGUGGAGAAAGCAUGCAAGAAGAGAAUCACAAAACAAGUGGUUUUGUCUUAGCAAAACAUAGCUUUUGUUCUUUGAAGUAAUUUAAUCGGUUAUGAGUUUUCUGAUAAGUUACGCUGUUAAAACAUAAUUAUAGCCAAAAUCACAUAGAUUAUUUUUACUGCAACUUAAUGCAAUCAACUUAUUAAUUGCCUUACCUCAUGGGAAGUGUCAUUUCUUUCAGUUAAAAUAAAAAACUAAGUGUAUUGGCUAUUUGCUUUCUACUUGUUUUACUUUUCCUUCGCAUAGUUUGUUUUUUCAGUGGAAGGGAAGCAUAUUACAGGGAAUGAAAACUUUGCCCAACUCCUAAGGUAGUGAAAUCCAAUUUGAUUGUAAAGCUGCUUAAUCACUCCUCAUUUUCUAGAAGAUUUAAUGUUCUUGCCACUGUGUACAUUUCAGACAACAGAAAAUGCUUUACCAUGUAAAGUAUAGAACAGCCAUUUUUGUGAUGUUUAAGCCACAUGCUGUUGGCUGGUAAACAGCUAAUUCUGAUAAAAGAAUAAAAAAUUGUAUGCUUACAGGAAGACUGUGAAAGAUUGUGUCUUGCAACAACAGCUGUCUUAUUUAUGAUGUGUAAGUAGCAUAGAGCAAAGAGAUUGUUUGUAUACUUGUUAUCUUUGGUACCAUUUCACUAAUAAAGUAAGUAUUUUAGAGGGA